UCCUGCCAAAGGUUGUUACAGUCCCACGUGUUUAAGAGUGUUUUUGUAGAGUAUAUUGAAUCAACAAAAAUGGGAAGAAAAGCCAAAUUUAACGAGUUGAAGAACCAAAAGCGUGGCCCGGGAAGGAAAGCUAAAAAGCAGAAAGAUCCUUCUUUUCCCUUUUUAAAAGAAGAAAAUAAGGUAUCAAAGCCUCUGACCCACAGACAAAAGCAAAGAGCCGCCAAGAGGGUUAUCAAGCAGCAACAGAAGAUAGAUUCCAUUAAAGAGAAAAAAGAAUUAAAAUCUAUUUUGAAACAAAAGAAAGAAAAGAACGAUACUUCCCAGCUAGAUGCAAAAGUUCGAAACAAAAAAAUUAAAAAUGAGGAAAGUGAUUCUGAAAUCGAAGAGGAAAUAAAUUCACCAGACAAAAAGAAAAGUGAUGUAUCAAAUUUUAAAAUCACCAAAAAACAAAAGAAAAAUAUACCAUCCCUAAAUGGAGAUAUUAAAAGGGCAGAUGAAGAAGAAAUGGAGGAUAGUGACGACGAAGAGGAUAUGGAGGGCAGUGGUGAGGAAGACGAAGAAAUGGAGAAUAGUGGUGAGGAAGAAGAAGAAAUGGAAGACAGUGGUGAGGGUGAGGAUGAUGAUGAACUUGAAUUAGAUGGUGAUGGUUCUUCCUCUGAUGAAGACAAAGAGACUGAUGAAUCUGAUGAAGAAAUGGAAGAAGAUGAUUGUAAGGUUGGAACGCUGGAUGAUGUAGGCUCUGAUGAUGAAGAGUUACCCAUUGAGAAAGAAGCUAAAAAACUUAUUAAAAAGACAAAACGUGAAGAGAAAGAAGCAGAAGAGGAGCUGAAGCUAAAUAUUGCAAACAAAGAAAUAUUUUCAUUUCCUGAUGAUGAUGACAUCGCCAAGACCAUUAAUAUUCCCGAAAUGGAACAGAGAAUCAAAGAUGUGCUUAUGGUUUUAUCUAAUUUUAAAAAUUUCAAAGAAGAAGGAAAGUCCAGAAAGGAUUACAUAGCUCUAUUGAAGAAAGAUUUAAUGGGCUAUUUCAGUUAUAAUGAGUUCAUGAUAGACAAAUUAAUCGAGUUAUUCCCUUUGACUGACUUGAUGGAUUUUUUGGAAGCCAGCGAAGCUCAACGUCCCCUCACAAUUCGAACAAACAGUCUCAAAUGCAGAAGAAGGGAUCUCGCUCAGGCUCUUAUAAGUCGUGGGGUCAACGUUGAUCCAAUCGGAAAAUGGUCUAAAGUAGGACUUGUGAUUUAUAACUCUCCUGUCCCUAUUGGUGCUACACCGGAGUACCUUGCUGGUCACUAUAUCAUCCAGGGUGCUUCAAGUUUACUUCCUGUCAUGGCUCUUGCGCCUCAAGAAAAUGAAAAGAUUCUCGAUCUCUGCGCUGCCCCUGGAGGAAAAGCAUCACAUAUAGCUGCUAUUAUGAAAAAUACUGGUGUAUUAUUCGCAAAUGAUUCCAAUAAAGAUCGAGCUAAAGCUAUAGUUGGUAACUUCCACAGACUGGGCGUUAUCAAUUCUGUAAUCUGUUGCUUUGAUGGCAGGAAAUUUCCCCAGGUAAUGACUGGCUUCGACAGAGUUCUUCUUGACGCCCCUUGUUCCGGCACUGGUGUAAUAUCUAAAGAUCCCAGUGUUAAAACUACCAAAGACGAGGUUGACAUACAAAGGUGUAUGACUUUACAAAAGGACCUUAUUUUGGCUGCGAUUGAUUGUUUAAAUUUCAAAUCUUCUACCGGUGGAUAUCUUGUUUACUCUACUUGUUCUGUCCUGCCUGAAGAGAAUGAAUGUGUAAUUCAGUAUGCUCUUAAAAAACGAGAUGUAAAACUUGUUGAAACUGGAAUUGAUUUUGGUGAAAGUGGCUUUACUCAUUUCAGACAGUACAGGUUUCAUCCCUCGAUGAAUUUGACGAAGAGGAUUUAUCCUCACACUCACAACAUGGAUGGAUUCUUUAUUGCAAAACUUAAAAAGUGUUCUAAUAAAGUCCUGAAAGUAAAUGAUGAUGAUGAUGAAGAAGAAGAAGAGGAAGCGGAAGAAGAAAAUAACGAAGUGGAUCAAGAAGAAGAAGCCAAUGAUUCAUCACAAGAAUCAGAUGAUGAUGAAAGUGAUAAAUCAUCAAAUAUUAAGCAUCAAAAUAAGAACAUUGUUAACAACAAAAUAGCUGAGAAAAAACAGGAAAAAAUCAAGAAAAAUCCUGUAGCUAAUAAAAGUGAAGUUAUUACUCAGUCAAAAUCUGAGAAUAAUGAAAAAAAAGGAGAGCUCAAUGUAAAGAUAAAUAAUAAAAGGAAAGAAAAGCAGGGUCCAUUUCCACAAAACAAGGAUUCUUUAAAGAGAACUCAUGAUGGUGAAGAUGCUGGGUCAACAAUUAAUAAAAAAAAGAAGAGAAGGAAGAAUAAGAAAAAAAACCCACAAACAGAAACAAUUGAAAGCACACAACAAUUGGAAAUUAGUAAUCCGAAAAAAUCUCCUGUUGAAAACAACCCAGUAAAUACAAAUAGUGUUAAUAAAAGUGAAGUUAUUACUCAGUCAAAAUCUGAGAAUAAUGAAAAAAAAGAAGAGCUCAAUGUAAAGAUAAAUAAUAAAAGGAAAGAAAAGCAGGGUCCAUUUCCGCAAAACAAGGAUUCUUUAAAGAGAACUCAUGAUAGUGAAGAUGCUGGGUCAACCAUUAAUAAAAAAAAGAAGAGAAGGAAGAAUAAGAAAAAAAUCCCACAAACAGAACCAAUUGAAGGCACACAACAAUUGGAAAUUAGUAAUACGAAAAAAUCUUCUGUUGAAAAUAACCCAGUAAAUAAAAAUAGUGUUAAUAAUCCUGUCAAUAAUGCCGAAACUAAGAAAGAAUCCAAAAGAAAUAAGAAAAAGAAGAAGUCAAAUAAUUUGGUUGAAGGAACUUUAGCUCUAGAAGGAAAAAAUAAGAAAGACAAUGAAGAAAUCCAGGCUCCUAAAAAGAAACAAAAAAUAGGUCAAAAAAAUGUUGACAAUGAAAAUAUUAGUAAGCCAUUUCCCGAGAAAAAGAAAGUUAAAAAUGAACCAGCAAACACUUUAAAAACAGAAAGCCAUCCUGCUGUAACAUCUCAACUUAACAAGAAGAAUAAGAAUAAAAAUAAAAAACACAUUCCAACUUGAACUGAUGAAGUAUCGUGAAUUUAUUUAUACACAAUUACCAUUUAAAAAUAUGUGUAUAUAUAUUUUAUAAAGCAGAAAUCUGAAUGAAUCUUUUUUUCUGUAUGGUAAUUUUGUAAAUAAUGUUUUAUUUUAUUUCCUGAUUAUAUUUUUGUAAAUAUGCAACAAUUUGAAAAAAUUGUACAAGAUUGAUUAAUCAAUAAAACAAUUGUAUGAUUGCUGUUAUAUCAGAUUGAACUAUCUACAAUUUGUAAAAAAAAAAAUAUAUAUAUGUGUAUGUAAUAUAUAUAGUUUUUAUUUGUAAAUAAUAAACAAAAGUGGAAUUUUUGUUUAAAAUUAUUAUUGUGUU